UCUUAACACCAUGUAUUUGUUGAAUGGUUUUAUUGAGCAUUGACUUCAAGCAUAACCAGACAUCUAAAACUUCACAGCUUUACUGAACACUUGUUUCUUCAGAUUUACUUCAGUUAAAAACAAUUCAUUGCUUCCCAGUGACAGCUUUAUUUUUAUUCACCAUGGCUUGGAUGUUUCACAAAUCUCCAACUUUUGAUAAACCAUGGAGAGACGUACCAUGGGGGAAUAAAAAGGAAGACUUUGAUUAUGUGAGUAAGUUUAAGCCUUGUUCAGAAGCUCAACAUCUCAGAGUUCUGCUGCAUGGACCACCAGGCUCUGGAAAGUCCAGCUUCAUCAACUCUGUUGACAGCGCUCUGCGAGGAAGAAUUGGAACUCGAGCUUUGGCAGCGACUAACCAUGAUGACAGCUUCUCUAAGGAAUACAAAGGUUUUAAAAUCCAGACAGAAAAGCCUGGAACCUAUUAUCCCCUUGUCUUCUGUGACACCAUGGGUAUUGAGAAGGGCUCUGCGAAAGGUGUUGAUGUGGAAAAUAUCGAACUGAUCAUGAAAGGACACGUCAAAGAUGGAUGCAAGCUCCUUCCUGGCAGUACCCCAACUGGAUCCGACUACAUUGAAUCUCCGACCAUCAAUGACAAAGUUCAUGUUCUGGUUUGCGUUGUUCCUGCCACCACAUUGAACCUGAUGGAUGAAGAGCCUGUGAUAAAGAUAAAGAAGGUCAGAGAAGAAGCCCGGGUUUUAGGAAUCCCCCAAAUAGCAGUCCUCACCAAAAUUGAUGAAGCCUGUCCCGAGGUCCAAAAAGAUAUCAGGAAUGUCUAUAAGAGCAAGUACCUGAAAGAACAGAUGGAAAAACUCAGUGUGAUCCUGGGGAUUCCAAGAAACUGCAUUUUCCUGGCUAAGAACUACAGCGAAGAAACCAAAACAGACGAGGACACGGACACACUGAUACUGGACACCAUGAGAAAGAUCAUCGACUACGGAGAAGACUUCCUCAAUGACACCUUACAGACAGCAGACACCAAGUAACCUGUUGGUGAUUUGACAUUCAGGCCAAAACACGAAGAUGCAUGUGCUGUCUCUAUAUAGCUUUCAUUAGUUUAUGCUCUUUUUUUUCCAUUAUGUUUUUGUUCAUGAAUUUGUAUUACAUUUGCAAAACGUGGAUCAGGACAAGAAUAGUUCACAGCUGCAAUGUAAAACAAAACAAAAAGAUAUUUUGGGUUGGAAUUCUACAUUUUAUACUUUGCUUUUGAUUCAGACUUUUAAAAUGCUGCCAUUUUUUCCUUUGAUGAAUCACAUAUUGCGUUGAUUAAGAUGUAAUCGUUCAUGCUGUUGUAUUCACAACAUUGCCAUUAUCUUAAUUUACAAUACAUCUUCAUUGUCUAUUUUAAAUCAUACUGUUUCCUCUGUUAUAGAAAAAUGUUUGAAUAUUAUCCUGUAAUAAAUCAUUCUUUGCUUCAUUAAUUAUUUGGAAAGUUUUGGAGUAACAGUUUUACUGUGGUAAACGAGCUGGAAAAGAUGGUCCAUCAUGGAAUGAAUAGCAAGUCAAAACUCAGAACAGGGUUUAGUGGUGAAACAUAAUUGCAGCCUGACAUCCCAGAUGGGGUGGUGUAUUGGGAUUGAUGCAUUGUUCCAAUCCACCAAGCAAGAACUCUAAAACUAAGGAGGACAACACAGACGGGUUAGAGAAACUAGUCUGACAGGCUGCAAUCGAAAACAAAAGUGGCUCACAACAUUUUGUUGCCAUGCCAGGAUGUACAAAAAUUAUGGUGAGAACAGGGAAAUAUUGAUAAAACAUUGGAAAUGAGCCCAAAUGGCAUGCCUGAUACAAAGUUUGCCACAUUUUCUACAGAAAUGGUGAGUCUGCAAGGCUGAGAGCUUUCAACAGCAUGGAGAUACCUGAAACCAGGCGUGGUGAAGACGAAGUGGGUAGAUCAGAAUGUGCUCAUCAACAAAACAAAAAGACAUGUUCUUAAUGUCCUUUGGAAUUACACUUGUCAUAAACUUUUCAAUAUGGCACAGACUUUUUAAAUGCAAAUCUGAGAGUCUCCGCUCAGACUGUAACUUUUCAUUGUUUCCCAAAACAAUUUUUGAGAAUUCUGUGGUAACAAGUUAUUCCUUGCUCUGUUUAUUACCUGAGCAGUUUUAAACUCCACAAGAUCCAUACAUGUUAAAGAUUUUGUCUCAGAGGACUUCAUGAAUUUAAUUUUCACAGUUUUGGAUUUUUUUUUCUCCUGAGUAAGCAAUGCUGCUAUGUUGUUCUAUACAGUGUAUACUAGUCUAUUUAAUAGUUAUUGCAUGCCUUUGUUGCAUUUUAUGUUUAUUUAUUACCUUAUUCUUUUAUUUUUUUGCUAGUUUAUGUUUAAUGUCACAACGUUUGCACCGGAUAAAAUUCCUAGGUUGUGAACUUGUUCAUGGACAAUGGCAAUAAAGCUCUUUCUGAUUCUGA